GUCCCCAAUGGAGUUUCGCGAUCCUCGAGCUGACUUGCACUAUCCAGCCACCCAGGCUAGUAUACGAAGGAGACCAUCCCUUCUCUCAGAGUUCCAUGGACAGAUGGACAGAGAUAGGGGACUCGUCUACCAUCGGCAGUUUGAACCAGUCCGGGCAUCUGGUAGCCAGCAGGCAUCGGCAUCUGAGGCAGUGGCACCAAAACGCCCUCGUUUAACCAUAGGAGAUAUGGACCACAAGCCUGUACGUCCUGUGCCAUUGGGUAACAGUCCCCAGGUCAUACCAGUACAACAACAGGAAAACAAGAAGGAGGCCCCUUUCAUGCCCAAGGUGGAGAAUAUAUCUCCAACACCAUGUGACCAGGAGCCAUCCAAUAAGGUCACCAAGGAUAGCCUGUUGCAGUCAAUGGAGAAGGUUGAUAGGGAGAUUACCAAGGUGGAGUCACAGAUAUCAAAGCUCAAGAAGAAACAGGUGUGCAUUCUGCAAGAGCUAGAGCAAAGAGCUGCCCGUCCGCGAGACACCGAUAAACCUCUAUCACCAGCAUCUGGUAGUGAGCCCAAGCAGCAGAAUAUAGUACAGAUUAUCUAUGCAGAAAAUAAGAGAAAGGCUGAAGCAGCACAUAAAGUCCUUAACAAUCUUGGACCCAUGAAUGAACUGCCCAUGUAUAACCAGCCCUCGGAUAGUCCCCAGUACCAGGAGAACAUCAAAACGAAUAUGGAGAUGAAGCGAAGGCUGAUUCUUUACUUCAGGAAACAGAACCAGGCGAGGAAAACAAGGGAAGGAUUUAUGUGCCAACGUUACGGUCAGCUCAUGGAAGCAUGGGAGAAGAAGAUGGAAAGGCUAGAAAAUAAUCCCAAGAGGAGAGCAAAGGAUGCCAAAGCAAGGGAGUUUUUUGAGAAGCAGUUCCCUGAGAUUAGGAAACAGAGAGAACAGCAGGAAAGAUUCUCAAGGGCUGGUACGAGGAGUAAUUGGGGAAACAUUGCUCGGAGUGAUGCAGAGCUUGCAGAGAUUGUUGAUGGUCUGAACGAGCAGGAAGCGAAUGAGAAGCACAUACGAAGUCUAGCUGUCAUCCCUCCCAUGCUCUAUAACAUGGAGCAAAGGAGAGUCAAAUUCGUCAAUAGGAACGGCCUGGUAGAAGAUGCAAUGAACGAGCACAAGACCAGGAUACACAUGAACCUGUGGACGGAUGAGGAGAAAGAAAUCUUCCGGGAGAAGUACCUCCAACACCCCAAGAAUUUCCUGCUCAUUGCAUCUUACCUAGAGCGCAAGGAUAUCUCUGACUGUGUGCUCUACUACUACCAGACCAAGAAGAAUGAGAACUACAAGCAGCAGCUGAGGAAGUCUCAGGCCAAGAGGAGAAGGGGGUUCCCUCAGAAGAAUUCUGGGAAUGUGAGGGGGAACCAGGAUGAUGAUGACAAGGAUAACGACAAGGAUGAGGACUCCAGUAACAACCGUUCUGGAGAUAAAGGAGGAGGAGAAGACAAAGAUGGUGGAAGCUCUCAGAACGGGAGUGCUGCGGCUGGCUCAGAAUCAUCACCUAACAACUGUUCACUGUGCAAGAACCCUUUAGAUACAUAUAGUCUGAGUCGUCCGGUCAACAGGACUAAUUGUGAUCUGUUUGGGAUGAAUGAGGGCGACCUCAAGCCUGAUAUGAGGGUCUGCAGCCGCUGUAGAUUUCGUUCCAUAAGAAGAAGUCGUUGUCCAGUGCUAACAUGUAAAACUCCCCGUAAACGGGUGCGGAGGUUAAAACCCCUACCUACAAAGUGGUUUGAGAUCACUGAGGACCAACGGAGGCUGUUGUCUGAGGAGCUAGGUAUCGCUGUUGAGGUCACUAAAUGCUGUGCUGCUUGCUUCAACAGGAUAGCAAGGAGGUUAGGGUCAGAGGGUAUGGAGCCUGAUGUUCCCCUCUUACCCCCACCCCCUCCUGAAGAGCUCGAUCCAACUCUUGGUCCAGAAUCAUCUCGAUGGACGGAUGAAGAAAUGAGCAUUGCUAAAGCAGGAUUGAGGCAACAUGGACGUGACUGGCCUGCCAUAGCUAAGAUGGUAGGUUCCAAGUCAGAAGGUCAAUGUAAGAACUUCUAUUUCAACUAUAAGAGACGCUUCCACCUUGAACACAUCCUAGAGGAACAUCAUCGGCAUGACACGAAAGAGGGCGAACGUGAACAUCGUGUAUCAACUACCGACAGUAUGGCCUCGACUGUCACAGCAGGAUCGGAGGAUGAAUUUCCAAAUUUCAGUGAUGAAGAGAAUGAUGCGGACAAUGAUGAGAGCUCAGACACUGCUAGUGCUAGUGAAAACGAUGAGAGUAACUCCAGAAAAGUCAAAGUUAAAGUUGAAAAAAUGGAAGUGGAUGAAAAUCAAACACUAACAAGUACAAUUUCUGAUACAUUGACUUCAGCUUCAAAGCUGGUUACGGCGAUGAGUUCAGCAGGGACGACGGUUUUAUCCUCGUCGCAUUCAACUUCAACUAGUGUGUCUAUGUCUCAGGGUGGAAUCAAUGACAAGAACCAAUUGCUUACAGACAAAAUAAAGAAUGAAAAACCAGAUAUUAAAAUAGAACCCGACUCAGCAAAUGCUGUGAAGGUUGAAGAAGUCACAGAAUCAGCUAUUGAUUCAGCCCCGACAUCAUUGGCAGGGGCAACCUCAGGACCUUUGCCGGCAUCAACAUCCACCCUAUUGUCUUCAUCAUCACAAGUGUCAGUGCUACCGUCUCAGGGAUUAAAGCAGGAGCCAGAGACCCAUGUGAUCGAAGACGACGAUUCCAGCGCUACGUGUAGUGCUGACGAGGGCACUGCCCAGGACGACCUGUUUCAUCCAGGCUUUGGAUCAAGGGCACUGCCUGGUAGUAAAGGCUUGAUAAGCAUGCCCCCAAAGCUUGGAUCUGGUGACAAGGUUACAUCCAGUGAUGACAAGAAGUUCUUCAGCGCCGAAGGCAUCAGGAUCAACAACAGGCAGGUGGAUUCCUCAUCGUCUUCUAAAGGCAAUGGCAGCAGUGGGAUAGACAAGGUGAAAGUGGAGGAGGAUGAAGGACAUGGAAGCAGGACUAUCAGGAGAGUUAUAGCAGAAUGUCUAGGUGGAGAUAGCAGAGGUGUCAACAAUAUCAGGGACCUCAUUGAUUCAGCCAUUGACAAGCAUUUAGGUAAUGAUCCAAGUCCUGGGGGGCAAGCUAUACCUAACCAAGGGGGGUCAGGAGAUGCGAAACUUCCCGUUAUUGAGGUCAAGUAUGAGCCACCUUCACGGAAGACUCCUCAUGCUGAUUCAAGUGAGAGCAGCUCGAGACAGCAAGGGCAGCAGCAACCAGGCACUACUUCUCCUUACCUAUCCCCUCACAUAUCCCACACAUCUCAACAUCAGUCACAGGAAAGGGAACCUGGAGAAAUAGGGAGCACUCAUUCAGAGAUGAUGGCUCGUUUUGGGAAUGCCGGUCCCCCUCCUCCCCAUAACCUGCAUUCUGCUUACCGCACAGGGGAGGCCUAUGCUAAGGAGUUCCACAGGCAGGCAGAGAGGGAUAGGCAUCACCUCCAGUCACCAGGAUCAUCAAUGGGUGCAUCUCCCCGUCAGCCAUACCCUCCCCGUUCCAAUUCUCCCUAUGCCCUCGUCCCGGCAAGUGACAAACAUUCCCAACCUCACCCCAGCACCUCGCAGUCCAGCAGGAACCCCAUGCAGCAUCGACCAGGUAAACAGGGGAUUCCCCCUCCUGGUCCACCACCACCACUUAUCAAUAACCCAGCGGGGAAACCCCUCAAAGCAGAGAAGGCAUCGGUUCUCAGUCAGGUCCAUGGUGCAGGCGCAGGAUCCAUCACUCAGGGCACUCCAGUCAACUUUGCUGUUUCUUCUUCACCAUCAAAGUAUGAACAGAAGCCACCUGUUUCAAGCUAUGCAGGGAUGAUGAAGGGUUACCCCUCCCAGGCCACCUCCCCUAGACACCAGGAAACGUCUGGGAGUGGGACUGGUUCCAUCACCCAGGGAACACCUGUCAUGAGGAGAGCAGCAGGAGAUCAUCACCCCAAUAAUCCAGCUGGAUCUAUCUCCAGAGGGACACCCAUUGGGACCAGCCAACAUGAAAGGGAUGGUUCCAUUAUCAAAGGUACUCCUGUGUCCCAGGAGAAUGCCAGAGGCAAACGGGAAUCCUAUGAACAAGAGAUCUUAAGGUAUCACCAUCAACAGCAGCAACAGCAGCAGCAACAACAUAGACACCAGGAGGCUGUGGCUAGGGCCUAUGAAGCAAGGGGUGCAGCUGCAGCACACCUCUAUGACCAGCAGGCUGCAAGAGAGUGGCUCAAACUUAUUUCCCUUUCAGGUAUACACUACGAUCGUAUGGCCACUCCCAUCGACCCCAAUCUCCUGAUGGCACGUAACAUUGCCCACUAUGGUGAGAACACCGCCAGUAUGAUCCGGGGCCAGUAUGAGUCAGGUGCAUACAGCAGCUCAAAGGAGACCAUUGCGGGGGAUUUUGCCACAGCGAAGCAGAUGGGGUCUCGGCCACCAUUUCCACCGACACCAAAUAGCAAGGAUACCAGGAUGUCGCCGCACCAGGAGGGAGCACCGGUCGGGAAACGGUUCUCACCGGCAUUGAGUCACCAUCCGGCCGCGGGUCACCUUGAGCUGUUGCCGCCUGCUCUGGCAGCUUCCAUGAUGCAGUAUGGACAGAGUUUCUCAUCACAGGGAGGCUUCAUGUAUUUGACCCCUCAGGGCACUCCUAUAUGCUUACCUCCAGGCACUCCUCUCCCAGCCAAUGCCUUCUUACCACCAGGGGUGUAUCCACCCACCUCUAGCAGUCACAACCCAGCUACCACACAGCACCAUUCUCCAAAGAGCCCACACCCUUCACCUCUCACACCAGACUCAGAGUCUCGCCACAGGCAUAACAAGUCAGCCUCACCCUUGGUCCAGCCGGAACGGGCCUCCCCAAGCGAGUACCCCCAAGGCCACGGCGCCAACCCCCAUCAUCCGCAGCACCCGCAACAUCCACAACGGGAUCCAACCCGUCCCUGGCCUUCCAUCAGGGGCGAACAAGGGGGCAGCCAAAAAUACCGACCCUCGUCUGGGAGGGGGAGCAGUCCUGGAGCCAGUGGGGCGCAUCCACCAAUCCAGGGGGCAUCACUACCUGUAGGGGGUAGCAUUAUGAGAGGUACUCCUGUCCGUCCAGCCCCUAGCAUCAUGUCAGGAAUUCCUAAUCCCGAGCUGAGAGAUCAGAGAACUGAAAGGCACAGACCAGAGACAUCACAAGCAGCUAGUAGCAGAUUGCAAUCAUCCAGUAACAGAGGAGAGCCAUAUAUCAUUGAUGAACAGGAUGUUCCUGUCUCUGUACACAAAGAUGUCAGGAAAGUGCCCAGUUCAGAGUCCAGACUGAGUUCUGAAUCCAGGCACAGCACAGAGUCCAAGCAUCAGGAAAAGGCAUCAUCAUUGAACCCUGACAGCAGGAGACCUUCUUAUAACAACCCUAGUCCUGGACCUGGUGGUGGAGGUGGAGGACCUAGACCAGGUCAGAGCCAAAGUCCUGCAGCCAGUGGAGCAGGAGGUAGGCAGCAUCUCCAAGGACCGUCUCCCGAUGAUGGAAAGUCCACUCCCAGAUCUUCAGCAAACCGUGAAGCUCUACCAAAAGAUCCUACACUUGAUCCACGCUACCAAGAGUUGGACAAAAAGCAACAGGAGCAAUUGAAAGAGCUGCCUGAUUCUGGAGAUGCCUCCAAGCUUUUUGCCUAUCUGUUCAAGCCUCAGCCAAAACCGAAGAAGGAAGGGGAGGACCCAGGACAGGGAAGCACAUUCACAGCGGCCAACUUGAUUGAUGCCAUCAUAACAAGAUCUAUCAAUCAACCAACUGGCGAGGAAGGGGAGGGUGUCAACGAAGCAUCUCCUCGUGGGGGGAGUGGCUCAGAUAAGUCAGCUAGUAAUCAGGGCUCAGAGAGCAUGAGCAUUAGAGGUGAAGGCUCGCCUGUGCCAUCAUCUUCAACAAAUGAUGAACAGAAGAAGGUUCCUGAACCUCCAACUCUUAUAGCUGACUCCCCUGUUAGGACAGUACAAAAUGCAGAAUCAUCACAACCUGCUGACCUAUCACCAUCCAACAGGGGUAACGGUAUGGUUGAUAAUGGUGGGAAAAGGACUAUGACUCUUGCUGAACACAUCCAUUCCAUUGUAUCCCUCGGCUACAGCCCUGGACAAGGACAGAAGCGGGGUGGUCCAAUCCCAACUCAAAGUAGACCAGAUGGUGUCAUAGUUGACACCACUGAAUCACCUGAUGGUGGUACAGCUAAUUGUUUGAACCCUAGAGGACGUACUAGCACGGAGGACAGUGAGGUGGGAUCGACUAACGAUGCUCGAAGCAAGAGCCCAGCCUCUUCCGUUCGCCCUUCUAAUGAUGUCAGAGCAUUAAGUGGAGAAUGGAGAGGUGGUGGAGAUGGGUCUUCAGUCGCUCAAGCCAUAGAGGCAAGUGUUAGAGGAUUGCCUUUUGAUCAGAGAGCAAACCAAAGUUCACCGCGGGCUCGUAUGAACUCAGAACCUGUUCAACAGUCGGGCGUCUCUGAAGCUAGAUCCGAUAGCUAUAGGAGUAGUAAUCAAAAUUCCAAUAGACUUUCACCAGUAGCCUCAUCAUGGUCAAAGUACAGGCAUGAAGUGAAUGGUCCAGAUAGUAGUGUGGCUGCUCUUGCUGUUUCGCAAAUGAGAGAACGUGUCCACAGCUCACAAAUUCCGACAUCAUCACCGCAGAGCUCAGAUUCUAGUAAUGCUAGAGCUCACCCACAUGGACAAAGAAGGCAAUCUCCUGAAACAAGCAGUGACCCUCGACCAAGCUCUGGUGUAGUACCAGAUGUAUUGCCAGACACUUCUAUAGAUAGGAAGGCCAUGUAUGCCUCAACACAACCAGACUCUAGGAGUAUGCCUGGCUCCAGCAGUCAGGAAAAGAUAGGUACUUCAGCCUCUAGGGAAGCACAGCAUAGCAUGCACAAUAGUCUAGGAUCCUUGAGUAGCAGUUCAUCAUUAGAACAACCAUCACAGAGUGUAGAUAGCAUUGCCCAUUCCAGGUUCCCACCUCAUAAAGAGGUCAGGAAUCGAUCUCCUGGUGCAAGUACUGGAUCCAGGCACCCUGGUACUUACACCAUCAAUCUCCAAACCAGUAUCAACAAUCUUAUAGACUCACAGGUGAGGAUGGAUGACUACCUUACUCACUUGGUGGACAGGGAAAUGAAUUCACGCUCCUCACCCCCAAGGAAUCCUAGCCGCGAGAGCACCAACACAGCCGAGUCGGUUCUUCAUGUUGAUGAUUCCCGUGGUCCUUAUGAGGUGGAGAGUAGCCAUGAGGCAGAGGCGCGACUGCUUCCAGGGACCAUUAGGGCAAACCAAAGAGAAAAAAGUCCUGCCAAGGCAUUGGCAGAUUCUGAACUGAGUUCGACUAACCCUGGUUUGCCUCAAAGCAGUAGCCGUGGCGGCAAUGAGAAAAGCCUCUCAAAUGCAUCCAACCCGCAGACAAACUCUCAACAACCCGUCCAGUCCAUCAUGGCCUCCUCCUCAUCCUCAACUGCAUCUUCUGCAUCCUCUGCUCAACCACAGCAGAACUAUCACUCUGGUGCCCCUCCAGCUGGUAGCAACCCUUACGCCUACUCUGCCCUUACCCUUAUGUCUGGGAUGAACCCCCACCCACAUAGACUGACCAGUCCACAGCUGAGGGUGCCAUCACCGCACCCCAGCAGUCAUAGAGUGUCCCCUGUUCCAGCCCCUUCCAUGCCAGUUUCGUCCAUGUCUCGAGAAAGGGAACCAAAGCCUAUCCUUUCAGAACAGUAUGAAACCCUCUCAGACAGUGAUUGAUAAUAACAUAUAAACUCCCAGUGGAAUAUGAUUGGUAAUUAGUGUGACAAUGAAAUAUUAGAAUUGUACCAGAGUUGAUAUAUGUCUGCUGCAAGAGGGAAUUGUAGACUUUGACAGAUUCAGUUGAUAUUGAAAUUUAGUGAAAGCAGCAAAAAAUAAAUCCCUCAAAUAACAUAAAUGCAUCUGUGUUCAAGAACUAUAUCCUUUUAAUAUCAUCUAAAAUUUAGAUGGUUUUGAGCCCCUAGAAUUUUUCAGUCUGAAUGAUAAAGGAUUAUGCCAAAGAUGAAAAAAUUGAUAUCUUGAUAUGAAAUAUUAAUCAUUCAUUCAUUGGAUUUAUUUGGUUUUGAUAGUAGCUGAUGUUUUGUUACAUUUAUUGGUUGUCAAAUCUAGUACAGGCUCUUAUGUGUAAUUUCUGUCAGCACCGCAUACGUAUCCAGUUUAAAUAUCUUUCAAUUUCUAUGGUAGUAAUUAGGGCAAUUCCAGAUUAUGGGUGUGACAUUCAGAAAGAAACUUUUUUUUUCAAUACUUCCAGUAUUCAAACAGUUGUUGCUGAGUUUAUCAGACAUAUUCAAUCUUUAGUUGCAUACAUAAAUUUAAUAAAAUAUUGAAGAAUUGUAUAGAAAAUUCCUGUGUCAUGUAUUGAACAUAAAAAGGAAGAAUACUCUACCCUUUUAUUCAACAAUUUGUUUUAUUUUUUUGUGAUAUGCAAUUGGAUGUCAAUAAAUUCUAAAUAAGGAAACAUGUAUAUGACAGGACCUGAAAGACUGAAAAACAGUAACUGAGAUGACGAUUGAGGCUAUUAUUUUACAAUGACAAAAUAAUUACAUUCUUAGUGGAUUCUUCAGUUGGUGUUAGAGAUUUUGUUACUGGAGCCACGUUAUAGCUACGAGUCCAUGUUGCAGAGCUGUCUUUGAGAAAAAAAAUGACUCCAUUCUGAGGAGCAUCCCAGAGUGAAUAACAGCUUAAGGUCCUAUCAUAUACAUGUAUGAUUGAAAUUUGAAGAAAUUCACAGUAUUUAUAUUCUAACUAGUAACAGCUGCACAUAAACACUGUUAGCGCUAAAAGAGCACUAACAGUAAGCCCAGUCACAUCUUUGUGAUGUCAAAUGUUGACAAAUAAUGCAUUGUUGGGACAUCAGCCAACGCUGCAACAUUACUGGUUGCAACAGGGCCUCUCUCUGUUAGCGCAAUGUUUCUGUGCAGGUGAUACUGAAUAUUACAUCAUUAACUACCUUCCUCCAUUAAUAAGCAUGUACAAUGAAUCUCAACAUUAGUAUAGCAUGUAAGGCAGGCUGAUUAGAAAAGUAUUAUACUAAGAAUGUUCUCACUUGUGAGAUGAGAUAAUAAAACCUUUCUUCUUCACUGGCAGUAUCUAAUAGUAUCAAUCAUAUCAGUUUGUAUAGUUCUAGAAUAUCCUAUGGUAGUGUUUUUUUUUUUUUCACUGUGAGAAAAAAAUUGAUAUGAAUAUACAUGUAGUCACUUUGUAGAUGUUUUGUUGUUUUAGUUCCAUAUUUUUUUCGAUGGCAAUUUGUGGUUGUUCAUAACUAAAGUAAAUGAAAUCACAAGUGACCAACUUUGAUGUCAUGAAAAAAUAGUAUUUUUAUUCUUUAAUUUGUUUUCAUUUUUUGUUGUUGAAAACUUGAUUAUUUUAUUGUUAGCGUUUGUUUCCUGUGCACAGUGUUGAAACAGAUAUUAUUAUUUUGAUAAACCAGUAAGUUGCUUUCAGUUUUGAUUUGAUGGUUUUCCACGACUCAGAAUUCAAUCAGGUAUAUUUGUAGGGAACUGACGAGAAUAGGUUAAAAAUGUGUAGCAAAUAAUUCAAUAUUAUUUCUAGCCAUUAUGAGGUGAUUCCAAAUUACCUCAAAAUCAGGUCGUUUGCAGUUUAUAAUUAUUGUGAGGGUGAAAUUUAACUGGCAACUCGGCCUAGAUGACAUUUUAACAAGUUUCUCUAUUUCUUUGUAAGACAAAAUGCUGCGAGGAGUUGUUCUUUGCAGAUACCAUAGUGUGUACAUGGGCAAGUUCUUCAGGAGAGAAUGAAUUAACCCAUAUUUGAUGUGUGUUCCUCCAAAUGCAAAGAGGAGUACAAGUUUUGUGUCUUGUUUCUUUUUUUUGACGAUAGUGAAACGUUGACGCUAUCGGUAUAUCAAUCUGAGUAGCAUUUGUUAUAUGAACACAUGUAUUAUGUGUUACGUGUUUAAAUGAAAAAGAAAAUUAACAAAAAAAAAUCAAAGACAAUUAUGAAAUGUGUACAGUUUUCUUUUUGGUGAAAAUUUGAGUAAAGAAGAUUGAUGAUGGACUUGUGGAAAUGCA